GUGCUAAUCUUGAUGAGUCUAAUCCAUUUAGUCUUCACAAAAAAGACUAUGAUUUUUACCUUGCAAUUGUCAUUGCCACAUUAUUAGAUCCAAGAAGGAAAGAUGAAUAUGUAGAGUUCUUUUAUCGUAAGGUCUGUAGGAAUGUGGAUCAAGCAAACACAUGUCUCACAACUGCUCUUGAGUGGAUGAGGAAAUAUUUUUCAGUGUAUGAGAGGCGUAUGAUGCAAGAUUAUUCAUACUACAUGACACAUUCACCCGUGGCUAGCAGCAGCCUUGUGGGCUCACCGGUUCUUGGGAAAAGACAAAUCGAAGAAGAGUUUGAAAACUUCAGGUCAAGUCGGAGAAGGGCUAGUGCACCAAAAUCUGAAAUUGAUACCUACAUCGAAGAAGAAUAUGUGACACUCAGUAACAAUUUUGAUAUUUUGGUAUGGUGGAAGACACAUGCUGAAAAGUAUCCCGUGCUUUCAACUAUGGCACGAGAUUUUCUUGCAAUUCCUCUUAGCACUGUAUCUUCGGAAUCCGCCUUUAGUCUUGGAGGUAGGAUACUUGGAGAGACAAGGAGUUCAGUAACCCGUGAAGUGUUGGAAGCUCUUGUUUGCGGAAAAGAUUGGUUCUUUCUAGAAAAUGAUGUGGGUAUGGAUAAUCAGGUCCCAAGAGACAUUGUUUGUGCAACAAAAUCGGCAGAGUAUCUUUGGGACCGUUCACAAGCUGCACGAGUGUCUGCUUUGUUUUUCACACGGCUUUUGUAUUGUGAAAGUUGUAAACAGUUGAAUGGGAUCUAUGUAAGCGCUUCCUCUGCGCCGAGCCGAGGGACUCUUGAAAUUUUGCUGCUCAGUUGUUUUGCAUUGUUAUGCAGUGAGCGUGUUGUAUUUCGUGAGUGUAUACAAAACCUUUGGUUGGUGGUGGUGGUAUUUCAGUUUCACUGUUUUUCCCAGGAAAAAAGAUAACUGAGCAGUACAUGAGCGAGCGGACGAUGUGAUAUAAAUCAUAUAUUAUAUAAUUUAUAUUUGUUGCUUUUGAUUCC